UCCAGACUCUAUAUAGACUGUAGUAAUAGAAAUAUAAAUACAUUACACAGUUCUGUUGUUUCUGUUGCAUCACAAUUAUUGUAUAUAAUUCAAUUCGCAAGGUAUCUAUUCGUAAAUAACCCCUAUAGAUGGAGAACAAUAUUGGAAACGACUUUCAAAAAGAACUACCGGAUGGCGAAACUACCCAACGUCUUCUACUAAAUACUUUAUGUACAACAUCAACUGAGAAUAGACCAAUACCAGGAUUUGAUCCUAAUAAAGACGAUGUUCAAUAUUAUCGCCUCCAACAAAGUAUUGAUUGCGAUGAGGUAUAUCCAGGAAUAUACAUUGGUGACUCUGCUACAGCAAGAAAUAAGCAAUAUCUUCAAAUGCUGGGUAUAACGCAUUUACUAAAUUGUGCAGAAGGAAAACGAUUUGGAUUUGUGAAUACAGAUGAAAAUUAUUACAAAGAUACAACAAUAAAAUAUCUUGGUCUACCACUUGCAGAUGUAUGUAGUACAGAUAUUAGCAAAUACUUUGAUACUGUAGCAGAUUUCAUUGAUGAAGCUGUUUCUACGAAAGGAAAAGCUUUCGUACAUUGCGUGUUAGGAAUAUCUCGGAGCUCAACAUGUGUACUAGCAUACCUAAUGAUAAAGAAAGAAAUGUUAGCUGUUGAUGCUGUCAAGACCGUCCGCAAGAAUCGUUAUAUCCAACCGAACGACGGCUUCCUUCAUCAAUUGGCACGAUUAGAUAAUCAACUAAGAAGGCAACGAUUAUAAUUUAAUACAAUAGUAUAAAGGCAUUAGAAAUUUUCCUAAAGUUGCAAGAAUACUGUACAAGCGUGCACGUGUGUGCAAUUUCAGAAUCAUGUAUUGUACGGGGAUAAUUUCACAUGAAAGUGAAAUAUGUACGUUCAGAACGUAUGCUUAAGCUGCUAUGUUACUAUUUAUACAUAUA